UGCAUACGACCACCUUCUUGCUGGCUGUGCGCCAAGCAUGACCUCAAGCCUAUCAAUACCUACACCCAACUCAACAGACUCGGACGCAUCCCAUUCCUCACAUUCAUUGCUUCAGCCUACGCGGUCACAGCUCCUUUCCCCAGAGAGGGAAGUUGAAGUUGAAGUUGAAGUUGAGGUAGAUGGGGAGGAGAAGGUGACGUGGUUCGUUUGGCUGCUUGUGGGUGCUGCAGCUAUAGGCGGGUUGUUGUUUGGGUAUGACACGGGUGUUAUCUCCGGUGCACUAGUAUCAAUAGCAGGAGACCUAGGACCAGCAGAGUUGUCCGCUUUCCAAAAGGAACUCAUCACCUCUUCCACGACGCUCGGUGCCCUCCUGGGCGGUCUCGCCGCAGGGAUCAUCUCCGACUACACGGGCCGCAAACCCGUGCUCUUCCUGGCCAACAUCACCUUCAUCUCUGGCGCGCUAGGCCAGUCCCUCUCCCACACCCUGAGCGGCAUGGUCGGUUCCCGUUUCCUGGUCGGUCUGGGCGUCGGGCUCGCAGCAUGCAUCGUUCCCCUGUAUAUUGGAGAACUGGCGCCGACGAGGCUCAGAGGGAGACUGGUGACCGUCAAUGUUAUUGCGAUCACGUUUGGCCAGGUGGUGGCCUAUGCUAUCGGGGCUGCGUUUGAGCAGGUCCCAGGAGGGUGGAGGUGGAUGGUCGGGCUUGGUGCUGUUCCUGCGGGGGUACAACUAGCGUGCUUGUCCUUCCUUCCCGAGUCUCCACGCAUCCUCAUCCGGAAUGACAACCUCCCAGACGCACGACGUGUCCUCCGCUCCAUCUACGCGCAAGCGACAGACGCCCAGGUGGACAAGAUGCUUCAAAACAUGUGCGCAAGUGUCCACGAAAGUGUAGCGCUCUCAAAGCAGGACACGCUAUUCGAAAAACUCAAGAGCAUGUCUACUGUCCCCGAGCGUCGGCGGGCUCUCAUCGUCGCCUGCGGCCUCCAGGCAUUCCAACAACUAUGCGGGUUCAACACCCUCAUGUACUACUCUGCCUCCCUAUUCAAAGCCGUAGGGUUCGACCAGCCCACAGCCGUAGGGCUCAUCAUCGCCGGCACCAACUUUUUGUUUACCCUUGUGGCGCUAAAGUGGAUUGAUAGAGUGGGAAGGAGGAGGAUCAUGUUGCUUUCGAGUCCGUGGAUGGUAUUGGGCUUGGUGCUCGCUGCGGUGUCGUUCUAUUUCAUGACCAAGUCCACAGGAGGCUACCUAGAUCCCAACGCCCAAUAUAGCAAGACCUGGUCCGCCCUCGUCCUCUUCUCGAUGAUAAUCUACGUCGCGGCCUACGCCACCGGGCUGGGGAACGUCCCCUGGCAGCAGGGCGAGCUCUUCUCGCUCGAAGUGCGCGGCCUAGGUAGCUCGCUAGCGACAGCAACGAACUGGAGCGCGAACUUGCUCAUCGGAGCCACGUACCUCAGUUUACUGGAAGCGAUCACCACUGCCGGUACAUUUGGCCUGUACGCGGGCCUAUGUGCGCUAGGGGUCGUGUUCGUCUACCUGUGUUAUCCGGAGACGGCGGGGUUGAGUUUGGAAGAAGUGAGAACGGUGUUUGCGAGAGGGUUUGGGGUGAGGGAGAGUAGGAUGUUGGGGAGGGAGAAGAGGGAGAGGAGGGAGAGGGAGGGGUUGGGUAUCUAGUACCUAGCUUCUAGCAUCUGGCAUCUACGUGAUUUGAUGGACUUGAGAGGGGGAGGGGGUGUAGG